GUCAAGUAGUCACUUCAUAUGGUGAAUACCACUUCAGCCGUCAAUUUCAAGAUGCCGAAAUGAAAUGACAUGCAGUGUCUAUAAGAUGGAGUGGAAGGAAUUACCAUGUGGCGAAUGGACAGAAUCCCAUGUGAGCUCCUGGUUAAAAUCCAUUGGAGUGAAAGAGAAGUACAUUCUGAAACUGUAUGAAGAGGAGGUUACAGGACCUGCACUAAUUCAGUUACAGGAAAAGUAUCUACGCGAUACAAUUGAAAUGAAAGGCGGCCAAAUCCAACUAAUGCUGCACAAACGAGAUGAACUUUUGAAGCCAGUACCACAAAAAACAAAAGCAGUCAGUAGCACACAGAGAGAUAACAGCAAUGUUGAAUCUAGUGCUGUUUUCACACAAGAAUCUAAAGACAAAGUUUCGAGAUCCAGUGAAAAAAGUGAAAGUAGACUCGUUUCCAUACCAAAUGAAGGUGAACCAAAAUCGGGCGGUGCAUCUUUUCCGCUUUGUGACUUUCGAAAAUUUGAUGACAUUGACAAAGAAUUCAGAUAUGUCAAAAACAAAGUGCUUCCACCAGAGACCGGAAUUGAAGACAUUAUUGUUCCAUGCCAUGAAUACAAGUCACUGGAAAUUUCCCACAAAUUAGAACCACAAAAACUCAAGGUCAAAGUUGCAAGUGAGGUGCUCAGAUUUGCAUGUGCAUGCAUGAAUAUGCGGUCCAAUGGCACAAUACACUUUGGGGUUAUGGAUAAAGUUAAAGGAAUCUACAAACAUGGUGAAAUCAUUGGAAUACCAGUUGAAAACCAAGAUUUAUUUGUGGAUGCAUUGGACUACAUUGAAAAGAGCUUCAGAGGAUCAAACCAUCAGUGUGAUGCCAGGAAAUGCAUAAGGAACCCAAAGUUCAUUGAGGUAAUUGACAAGGAGGCCAGUGAAACAAACUGGAUCAUUGAAUUUGAUAUUGUCCCAAAGGCAAAAAUGGUAAAAGGCAAACUGUACAGUGUCACUAUUCCAAAGUUCAGCGAAAAAGCCAACAAAGUAAUCUAUGAGGAGAAAGCCACCUACCACAGAGUAGGGGCUAACACACCCCGCAUAUCAGAGGAUGGCCUAAUUCAUUUCAUUCAAGGCCUGAGGGACAAAGAUCAACAGAGGGAGGAGGCUGAACUCUCAGACAACCAAACAGCUUCUGACUGUAGAGAGGAUCAGAAGAGAAAACUCUCCAUCCUCCUCACAUGUGGAAAAAAGUACAUGGAUGACUCACUGUUCUACAUCAUCGUGACAAACAAACUUCAACAAGAACAUCUUGAGAACAUCAACUUCUUGACUCACAUGAAUAUAUUUUGUGUGUUUGACUUUGACCCAGAUUCUAAGACAUCGGGUCUAUGUCAGAAAUAUAAAGAGCACCAUGCCACAAACCUUCAUUUUCUGCAUGACUAUGCAAAUGAUAGUGGGGUGAGGACCACUGACUUCAUAAACCAUUUGAAGCUCUUUGAUAAACCAAGCUGGAUUUUCUGCAAUGGGCGAAGCGAUUACCUUGGAGAUGAGAAACCUUGUGAUGAAAAAACCUGGAUGAAAACCAAAAAAAAGCUACUGAAAAGGGCAGUGUCCGUCAUCUGCAAUGACAUCCUUCCUAAAGGGUCAUUUGUGGUGCUUUUCUUGCUCAUGUCUCAGGUCGAACAGCCACUUGUUGAUACAUUCCAUGAAUUCUAUGCAGAAAUGAAUGGUCAUGAGGACUUGGCUAUCAUUUCAGAGUCCAAAGAGAACUACAAAAAGUGGUCGAGCCUUGCCCAGGUAUCUUGUAGCAUGACUGCACUCAAAGAGAUCAGUAUUGUUGAAAUGCCACUGAGUCAUGUUGAUGCCACUGUUCAAACUAUUCAGCCUACAGUUAGUCAACCCACAAGGCGCUUACCAGUCUUCAACAAAGGCUUGUGCUUCUUAAAGCCAGUUGAAGAGGAUGAGAUGAACUCUUUGGACAUAGUCAGUGUUGACCAGUGUGAUAACACAAAGGUGGAGAUAAUGUACCAAGACAAAAUCAACACCAUUGAGAAGUAUUUCUAUCAAGGUGGGAAGAUAGACUGGAUGAAUUUGUGGCUUGCAGACAAAAAUCUAUGUGGGGAGGUCAUCAAGCGAGACGCAUACAAAGAAACUAAUGAAAUUCUGGAGAACAUUGUACAGAGUAGUCGAGUCAAAAGACCCAUCGAGACUGUGAAUAUAUGUCACCAUCCUGGCAGUGGUGGGAGUACAGUUGCACGACAGAUCCUCUGGAGUUGGAGGACAAAAUUGCGAUGUGCAGUUGUUAAACAAUCAAAAGAAUUCACAACUGUGUGUGAACAUGCAGAGCGUCUACGGGAAUAUGAAGAAAAAGACAAAAUCAACUGUCUCCCUGUACUGUUGCUGUUGGAAGAUUGCAAUGGAGAUUAUCUGGAUGACCUUAGGCGGGAAAUAGGCAGCGCUAUUGCAACAAUGAAAAUACGUGCCUCUGUCCUAUGUUUCAUCCUGCUCAUCUGCAAAAUGUCCCAUGAUCCAGAGAAGAUGUGCCGAGCAUUGCCGUCUCAGACCGUCGCUGUGACACACAAACUGACAGAUGCAGAGAAGACUCUCUUCUCAAAGAAACUGGAGAAACUAAAGCUAGACUUCGAACCAGACUUCAUUCUCACAUUUGUACUGAUGAGUGAGGGCUUUAAACCAAGCUACAUUGAGGGAUUUGUGAAAAAGCUGCUGGACAAUAUUGAUCAUUCAUCUCUCAUCACUCGGCUUAUGAGAUUUGUAGCAUUGUUGAACUGUUACAUUCAUGACUCCUACAUAUCUGUGUCACACUGUGAGGCUUCCCUUGGCAUAGAUAUGCACAUGGAUAAAAUCCGUUACCAUGCAUUUCUAGACUGUCUCAGCGAACAAGCUAGACUUGUUUUCAUACACCUUUCACCUUUCAAAGGAGAAAGUCCAUUACACAUCUCGUCCAUUCGGAUAAUUCAUCCACUGGUGGCAAAGGAAAUUCUGAAGCAGCUCUCUACAACCUUGCCUCAAAGCACGAUAGCAAUGGAUCUACUACAGGACAAAGUACUAAUGAACCAUAGGUUUGGCAAGGAUGCAUUUUGGAAGUUUAUCCAAGUUCUCUUCAUCAGACGCUACAAAAAAAGCAGAGGAGAUCCUAAAGACAGUUCAUUCUCUCCUCUGAUUGAACAUGUCAGCACUGAAACAGGAGGCAUUCAAACGGCUGUUGAUCUUUUGAAAGCAGCCUACACAUCUUUAGGAAAAGAUCCAUUUGUUGCCCAGCAGCUUGCACGUCUGCUUUACACAAACACAAGAUUCAAGGAAGCCCUACAUUGGGCUGAAGAGGCAAAAAAAAUCCUGCCAUAUGAUACAUUUGUCCUUGACACAUUAGGACAGGUGUACAAGCGGUGGUUUUAUCACAUGCAUGAUACCCUUGACAAGCAAGAAUUACUGCCUGAAAAUGUUACUGAAAUCAUUGACACUGCUCUCAAAGGAAUUUCUGCAUUCCGCGAGUCAGAAAAAAUACCCUUAAAAAAGACAGUCAGUCUGAACAGCUCCUACUAUGGGGAAGUGGAUGUUGGAUGUAGACUGCUUCGACUCAUAUCAUCAGUUGAUGUUUUUUCAACCAAAGGUGGAAAUUCUGAGCUGAUGAAAUAUUUGCUGACUGACUACAUACCACAGGCAGUUAAAAACCCUUGGCGGAGUUUCCACAGCCAGUUGAAAGGAAUGCAAAAGAGUAUUUACCAUGCUCUUGAGUGCAUUUCUGAAGACCUCAGUUACUUUCAGACAGACAUCAGUGACGAGGAAGAGGAACUUGACACAAGAGAGCCUGAACAAGUACACAAUCCAAGGAAAUGGCUAACAAGGACGAGUGCUCUGUAUGCUGGCUUUUUUUGUAAUGUUUCUGAUCUAGGCAACCCAAUGCCUGACAACAUUGAUGAUGAAAUAGCCACUAAUGCUAAAAUAGCCAACCCAUUCCAAAGACAAAUGAAAAUUUACAAGCUAGGAGGAGGAAACGUCACGUCCAUCCUGUCAUUACUUUAUGAUCAGAAAACAGAGAGAUCUGCUAAAAAGCUGGAGGCAAUAAUUGGCAUGUAUCCAGAAAACCUCAAAAGGAAUGACCUUGACCAGACAGAACUAGUCAACUUCAUCUUUUGUCAGAUAGCUCUUGCUUGUGCUUUACCUGGCUCAUCAAAGCUGCUUUUACCUCAACAACUCCAAAAUCUCAGCAUGAGAUUUAACACAGAGGGAAAAAACAUUUCAACAGCUAGUGCUCUCUUUCUUCUCUUACUUCUGCUCUGGCCAGAGGAGCCAAGCAGAGAGAACACUAAUCCAGCUCAUAGCCAAGUCCUCAUGUCAGCAAUUGAUGCCCUUCAGAGACUUUAUGAGCUCAAAAUUCAGCAUGUUCCUCCAAGAAAGAGUAGAAUAGCGACCCACUUCUUUCUUGGAAAGGCAAGGGGUCUGUACAAGAUUGUCCACAAGGGUCUGAUUGAAAAGCACAUAAAAGGAAAUCUCAGUGAAAGAAGAAUGAAGUGGCUCGGAGGUGAGGUGUGGACAACCCCAGAGGUUGUACGAUUGCUGAAACGUGUUGAAGGAUGGACAGAAAAUGGACACCUGUUUGUUCAGGGUACAACCAAAGGGAGCAAGAUCAGGGUCAUUCCACGGUAUUCAGCCUCUCUACCAAAUGCAAACGAAAAUGUCACUUUCUACCUAGGCUUUUCUUUUGAUGGGGUGCUUGCUUUUGACAUUCAAGUUUUGGACUAAUCUAACAGGUCUAAGGAUUAAUGCUACAAACAAAAAAAGCAUUAAUACAAAAUAUGCUCCCAAAGUGAUCGCCUACUACAUUAUCUAAGAGCUGUUACGAGAUAUCACCAGUCAAUAGGUGACACUGCUGUUUUAUCUGAGUUUGGUAUUCUAUUGUAGCAGUGAGCCAAGUGAGGCACUGUUUCCUAUGCACUGCAUGGAGUUGUAUGCAUGCUACCUGAUGAUGCUGAAGUAAAGACACUUAUGUGAACCAUACCUUACUCUUGUAUUGUAUAAUAAGUACAUAAAACAUGAUGUCAGAACCAAAAGAUAUGUCCUCAACGGAGAAAAGCAUUCUAUGAAGGGCCUUGCCCACUAGCUAGCCAACAACGAACGCAAAGAAGAAACAAAUGGUUAACCUGGCAAUUCCUAUAUCAGAGCCCAAGGACAUGAAAAGCGAUAUAUAUAAUAACUGGACAUUCUUUCGAGCACAAUGGUAAAACUGUGAGAUAUCUACCCGUCUGGAAAAUAAGGAAGAAAAGGUCUGCAUAACAGUGAUGGGAAAGGAAUGCCACCUGUUACAGCGGCAUCUGAAUAUGCCUGAAGCAGGGAGAACGGACCUGUAAAAAAUGAUUGAGGCACUACAGAAACACUUUGAACCAUCCAGAAACGUAAUCUUCGAGAGGUUCAAUGCUUGUCAACAAAGUCAAUGUGAAACAGUACAGCAGUACAUUGCAAAUCUGAGGAAGCUAGCAGACACGGGAUUGUUGGCGCAUUACGAGGGGAACUAAUCCGUGACAGGCUUGUCAUCGGCACUAAGAAUCUUGGUGCGCAAGCAUGCAUGCUCCGAGAACUAGAGCUCACACUGAACAAAGCCACUGACGUGUCGUUCAAGUGAACAAGCACAAAUGCAAAUCAAGAAAAGGGGAGGAGGUAAACCAAAGACUGUAAAAUAAAUGAUACUGUACCUCCCAGGAGCGAUGUUCAGAAUCAAAAGGCCAAAUUUAUGGUCACAGUUUACAGGGGUUAUUAACAAAAAUAGACAGACAAAAGACUCACCCAGUCAUUACUGUAGUUCAGCACAUGCCAAAGCCAAAUGACGAGCAUUCCGUGUCACCUGUAAAGCAUGCCGCAAACAAAACCAUUUUUCCAGAGUUUGUAAACAAGCAAACGUCAACUCAAUCUAGUCGAUGAAUACAAUGUGUCAGAUGACCAAACAACAGAAGUGAAUACAACAGCCUUGCCUAUGCAGCAGCUACCAAGAUGGAUACAUAUUCCACUGGAAGAAAAGAUUACAAAGGCCAUACAUUCCAUGGACAAUGACAAAAUCAUCACAAAAGAGCUAACAACGUGGAUCAGCAACAUGGUCGUCAUUGAAAAGCCAGACAAACUACGAAUCUGUAUGUACACCCAGGGCAUUCAACCUUACUGAGAUUGCACUACCAGAUGCCCACCAUAGAAUAUAUUAUACCAGAGAUAUCCAACGUAUUCUCAGUACUCAACACCAAAGAUAUCCAUUGGCAAUUCAAACUUGAUGAAGCGAGCAGCUAUCUAACAACUUUCUGGACACCGAUAAGCAGGUAUAGAUGGCUGAGAAUGCAAUUUGGAAUCAAGCCAGCAGCUGGAGAAUACCAGCGCAGGCAGCGUGAAGCACUACAGGUACUAAAAGGAGUGAGUGUCAUCGUAGAGGAUAUUCUACCCUAUGGAUGUGGCGGCACAAAUGAGAAGAAGUGAGAACAAGCGACGGCAGAUCCCAACAGAAACCACACAGCUCUCCUGCAGAGAGCCAAAGAUAUCAAUCUGAAGUUGAACACAAAUAAACUCAGGUUAAAGCUACCUAGUGUGCUGUAGCAUGGGUCAUCUUCUCACCACAGAGGGCCUUCGCCCCGACCCAGAGAAGACAACAGCUGUUCAAAACAUACAGAGAGGGACCGACGUCAAGUCACUGCAGCGGCUGUAAGAGUGAAAUAUCUUGAAAAAUCAAAAGGAAAACUCUGCACACUGCUGUUCAUCCUUGCAGCUUAUUUUAUUGUUACAACUUUGCCCCUUAGAUCUUCAUGAGGCAUCCAUGACCGAAGGGUCGAAAUGUUGUAGCAAUAAAAUCUCCUAGGAGCAUGAACAGCAGUGUGCAGUGUUUUUAUUUAGCAUGAAUUCACCUAGAACUCCAGCACCUACAAAGAAGUACCUGGAUGUGGGUAUGUUCUUCAGCUUUUGUUUGUGAACUAUCUUCAAAAUUCAUGCCCCACCUAUCUGAUGUGUGGGAGUCGCAUAGACGACUGAUUGACAAGGACAUUGAAUGGACAUGGCUACAACAGCAUGACGCAACAGUUGGGACUAUUAAACAGUUAGUCACACAACAUCCAGUGCUUAACUAAUACAACCUGAAUGAUGAAGUCACACUCCAGUGCGAUGCCAGUGAGACAGGCCUUGGCGUAGCCCUUCUGCAGAAAGGACAACCUGAAUGCAUUUGCCUCGAGAACAUUAAUAUGCACAGAUUGAGAAAGAUUGUCUCACCGUUGUUUUUGCAUGUGACAAGUUUGAUCAGUAUCUGCAUGGCAGGUAGUUCGUCACAAAGUGACUACACAAGCCACUCAUGACAGCCUUCAAGAAAUUCCUACUCACAGCACCCAAACGACAGCAGAAAAUGUUGCUUAGGCUACAAAGAUACCAGCUCCAUGUGCAACACAAACAAGGCAAAGAACUACAAGCUGACUUCCUGUCCAGAACUGCGCAAUCAAUCCCAGAGCACAGUCAAACACAAACACCAGCCAGUCUACGCUAUGGCCCUGGCCGAAACUGACCUGGAACAGGUGGAUCACACCGUGAUGUGAACAUCUCAACUAAGACAAGAGUCACACUCAAAUCAACAAAGGCUGGUCCGAAAGUUCAGAACCAAAUAGCCUGUGAGUCACACUGAGAGAUUUCUGGACACACAAAGAGGAGCGUAUGUUUCUUUCGCGUUGCGAACAACAGAUGUUGACCUGGUAUGUAAACAAAUCAUCUGUGUCAAGAAACUAUCAGUCUCAUGAUACCAGAAUGGCAGGUGUCAAUGGGAGUUUCCUGAUAUUAGUGUACACCUAUAUCAAGAAACUCCACGAUAUGCGGUCUGCAACUACACCAUAUUCUGUUUUCUGGCCAUGGAUUACGGAGGAUGUAAAGCUCUUCAUCAGCAAAUGUGUCGCCUGCAACUCCAUUGAGACAGCAAAUGGAGACACUCUUCCCCACCAAAUCCCUCCACUCCCAUGGUCCAAGGUCAGAAUGGACUCACAUUCAGCAAAACCAACUACCUCAUCAUCGUGGAUUAUUACUCUGACUAUUGGGAGCUGGACGAGCUGAUUGACUCCCUCAGCCACCAUCAUUUAAUUCUGCAAAAGGCAGUUCAGCAAACAUGGCGUUGCCCACAAUGUUGUCUCUGGGAAUUCACCCCCCCCCCCUUUUUCCCGGAAUGUAUUUCCGUAAAUGUGCUGAUGAGUAGGUCUUUAGACACGUGAUAUCAUCACCUUGCCAUGAGAUGUUGCCAGUCAAUAGGUGGCGCGGCUCUUACGUUUAUCUGAGUUUGGUAUUCUAUUGUACCAGUGAGCCAAGUGAGGCACUGUUUACUAUGCACUGAAAUGGUGUUGUAUGCAUGCUAACCGAUGAUGCUUAAGUUAAGACACUACAUGAACAAUACCUUACUCUUGUAUUGUAUAAUCAGUACAUUAAACAAGAGCUAGUAAAUGUUUUGAAACAGUGAUAUUUUGAGAUGACUAAGAAGUCAUUUGUAAAAGCAGAGGGUUUUAUAUAAGUCCCUUUUUGAAUAAAGUGCAAAUAUAUAAUGAAGACUGUUGUUGUAUGUAUAGCAAUUCUUUACUGUCCAUAUAUUACAAGCAGUUUUGUGUUUAUGUACAUGUAAAUGUGUGUGUAGGUUCAUGUAUGUAUUCAAUGCACAGUACCUUGAUUUGUUAUCAUUGAACCUUAUCAUCAAUUAAAGGAAUAUAAUGUUUAAAAGUAGCCUUUCCAUGUCACUUAGCUAGCUUUUUAUUAUAUAGUAUACUAAAACCUCAUGUACAGUGUCAUGAUGUGGCCCUUUCGUGGGUGUAGAUCAUGGCAAGCUGAUUAUGGCAAAAUGGAAUGAACUUUGAACUCUUAUUCACUAAAGAAGAAGUUAUACAUCCUAUAAGUCCAGUUAUCAGCUGCAGCUGUAAACGUACGUGUCCUAGGAAAGGAGAAAAUCUCUUCAGAACGACAGGGUACUACAACGUAUUCCGAUCUACCACACGACAACAGGGUACAACGUAUCGACCAGAAAUAUUCUUCAAAGGACAAGGGCGAUCUCUACUGGGCAAACCAGCCUUCCAUCUUCGACCCAUCUAUCAAAGUGCAGCUCAGUGUAAAUAUAUGUCUAACAUUUUACUUUUCCGAAUGGGAGAUUGUUAGGGUGCAUAAAAUUCUGUAUUUACGACAGCAUAGCUUCACAAGGUGCAAUAGAGACCCAAUAAUUUUGUUCCCCAGUCUUCCAGCUCUUUCAUUCCAAUACUAACCCCCUUUCUUUGUGUAACCAGCCGUCAUAUCGGUUUCAUCCGCUAGGGACGUUUUCUUUCAUGACAUGAUUAGUAAUCAAUGUAUAAUCCAUCCUGUGUAUAUGUAAUUCUGUGUGAUUAUUUAGGUAUUUAGUUUGUUUAUUUAGUAAAUAAAUAAUUAAGCCAA